AUGUUUGCCAUCUACAGGAUGUUUGCACCUCAGAGUUGUACAUGCCAGAUUUGCAACUUUGCAGAGGACUUGUCUGGCUUUCUUGGGGGACUUGGCCUUGGUCCACUGCACCAACGUGGUAAAAGUGAUGCCUGCAAUCUGUGGCAGAAGCUAGCCAGGCAGUUUGUCUUGGCAAAGCUACAGGAGCAAUUUGUGGACCUGCGCAUAAGGACGGAAGAAGAAGUGACCAAGAAGAAAAAAAAGUUGGCAUUUAUUGAAGAUGGGGGCAAGGCAGCCUUGUCCCAGAAGAUGAGGACCGGUGAUGAACUGGUGAAUAUCAAUGGCACUCCUCUGUAUGGAUCCCGCCAAGAGGCCCUCAUCCUCAUCAAAGGCUCCUUCCGGAUCCUCAAGCUGAUUGUCAGGAGUUUGGCUUUCCGCCCACUGCGGUCUGAAUUGGACUUCCAGAACCCCACUGAAACUACUAUGUCAAAAGCUACAUAUUACUUCCUAAUUGUCAAAGUCAAUGGAUUAUUUUCAGUCCUUAUCAUGUAUGACUGCACCUACUAUGGGUCAGAUACAGUGCUAGCAGCUCUCAAGUACAUCAUGUCAUUUAAUCAUCACAGCUCUCUUAUGAGGUAUAGGGAUGAAUAUGCCCCCAUCGUACAGAUAAAGAGAUUGACGGACAAAGAAAUCAGGAGAAACGCCCCUGUCAGUAGGCCACACUCAUGGCAUGUGGCCAAGCUGCUGGAGGGAUGCCCUGAAGCAGCCACCACCAUGCAUUUCCCUUCUGAAGCCUUCAGUUUAUCCUGGCAUUCCGGCUGCAACACAAGUGACGUGUGUGUGCAGUGGUGUCCACUCUCCCGGCACUGCAGCACUGAGAAAAGCAGCUCCAUUGGCAGCAUGGAGAGCCUGGAACAACCAGGCCAAACUUCCUACGAGGGCCACCUCUUGCCCAUGGAUCAGAACAUGUACCCCAACCAGCGUGACUCAGCCUAUAGCUCCUUCUCAGCCAGCUCAAAUGCCUCUGACUGUGCCCUUUCCCUCAGGCCAGAGGACCCAGGCUCUGCAGACUGCAUCAUGCAAGGCCCGGGGCCAACGAAAGCCCCCAAUGGCCGGCCCAAUGUAGCUGAGACCUCCGGAGGUAGCCGGCGCACCAAUGGGGGCUACAUGACUCCAAGCUCCCAGAUGUCAUCCCGCCCACAGGAGUCCCACCACUCUGGGCCUGCCAAGGCUACCAGAGGCCCACCACAGCCUCCAGUGAGGCGAGACAGUCUUCAGGCCUCCAGAGCCCAGCUCCUCAAUGGAGAACAGCGCCAGGCCUCUGAGCCUGUGGACUCCUUGCAACAGAAAGAGAUAGUGAGCUUAGGCACUGUGCUAUCCCCAAGGAACCCUAACAGAUUCUGCUGCCUCAGCGGGCAAGACCAAGUGACAAAUGAGGGCCAUGAGAACUGUGAGCUCAGCCAAGCUCCUGAAUCUAGCCAGCAAGACUCUGAGAAUCUACUGAUGGAGGCCUCAGCCAAAGCUGUUGGAUUCCCAAAAGUGUAUGACAAAACUUUCAGCAUAGAUUCCAGCCCACUCAACAAGGCUUCACCAGAGCCAGCUAAGGCUGCUUCUGUUGGCAGCCCUUCACACCUCACAGGACCCAUGGGGCAUCGCCAUAGUGCCCCUGAACAGCUUCUGGCAUCCCACUUACAGCAUGUACACCUUGAUAUGAGGGGCAGCAAGGGGAUGGAGCUCCCAACUGGACAGGAUGGGCAUGAGUGGACUCUGUCACCUUUGCAUAACAGUCACACAGGGAAGAAAAGUCCAUGUCACCCCACAAGAGGAACUCAGGACCAGCCCAUCAAAGAGAGAAAGACCAGGCAAGUGGAUGACAGGCCUCUGGGUUCAGGGCACCAGAGUUUGAGCAGUUCCCCACAUGGAGAGGCUGAUGGACACCCUCCAGAGAGAGGUUUCCAGGACCCAAACAGAGCCUGCAGAGCAGGCAGUGAACUAGCCAGCCAGCAGCCCUCUGCCUCUGGCUCCCUUGUUCAACAAACCAGGGAUUGUUCUUCAACCACUAAAGUAGCUGACAGCACAGAGGCUACUGAAGAAGGGGACAGUGAACCAAAGGAAUGUGGCCGGGUGGGUGGGAGACGAAAUGGUGGGCCCCGGGGCCGCUCAAUCCAAAACCGGCGGAAGAGUGAGCGUUUUGCUACCAAUCUGCGUAAUGAGAUUCAGAGGAGGAAGGCCCAGCUUCAGAAGAGCAAGAAUCCCUUGUCACAGCUGUGUGACACUAAGGAGCCAGUGGAAGAGACUGAGGAGCCCCUAGAAAGUACUUCAUUUCCUGCCUCAAACUCAUCUCUUCUGUCUUCAUGUAAAAAACCACCUAGCCCCAGGGACAAGCUCUUCAACAAGAGCAUGAUACUCAGGGCUAGGUCUUCAGAGUGCCUCAGCCAAGCCCCUGAGAGCCAUGAAUCUAGGACAGGAUUAGAGGGACAAAGAAGCCCUGGCCAGAGGCCUGGCCAGCCUUCUUUGGGCCUGAAUGCCUGGUGGAAAGCGUCUGACCCAUCUUCCUCAGACCCUGAGAAAACAAAUGUUCACCGUGGAGUCCAUGGAGGUCACUGGAGAUGGUCUCCAGAGCACAACCUGCAGCCACAUGUGGCACUAGCCAUGGAAGGCCCUUCUAACCCAAGUGACAGCAAGGAACUGAAGGCUUCUACUGCCCAAGCUGGUGAUGAAGCCAUCCUCCUGCCCUUUGCAGACAGAAGAAAGUUCUUUGAAGAGAGUAGCAAAUCCUUAUCUACAUCACAUUUGCCAGGUUUAACCACUCAUAGCAAUAAGACUUUUACCCAGAGACCAAAACCUAUAGACCAAAACUUCCAGCCAAUGAGCUCUAGCUAUAGGGAAUUGAGGCACCAUCCAAUGGACCAAUCAUAUCAUUCCACAGACCAACCAUAUCAUGCCACAGACAAAUCAUAUCAUUCGAUGUCACCCCUUCAGUCAGAAACUCCUACAUACUCAGAAUGUUUUGCAAGCAAAGGUCUAGAACAAUCCAUGUGCUGUAAGCCGCUGCACUGUGGGGAUUUUGACUACCGCAGGACCUGCUCCUACUCCUGCAGUGUCCAGGGCGCCGUAGUCCAUGACCCUUGCAUGUAUUGUUCUGGGGAAAUCUGCCCUGCUUUGCGAAAGAGAAAUAUGAUGCCAAACUGCUACAACUGUCGGUGCCACCACCACCAAUGCAUCCGGUGUUCAGCUUGCUAUCAUAAUCCACAGCACAGUAGUCCUGAGGAUGGCAGCUUGGCACCUGGCAAUACUUGGAAACCUAGGAAGCCAACAGUGCAGGAAUUUCCUGGGGACAAAUGGAAACCAAUAACAGGAAACAGGAAGACCAGCCAGUCAGGGAGGGAAAUGGCUCAUCCCAAGGCUAGCUUUUCGUGGGCAACUCCUUUCCAUCCUUGCCUUGAAAACCCAGCACUGGACUUGUCAAGCUACCGAGCAGUGUCUUCCCUUGACCUUCUUGGAGAUUUCAAGCACUCCUCAAAAAAAACAGAGGAAACUUCUGUUUAUGAGGAGGGGAGCUCCAUGGCCUCCAUGCCCCGCCCGCUGCGCAACCGUGCUUUCUCAGAGAGCCAUAUCAGCUUGGAGCCCCAGAGCUCCCGGGCCUGGGGGCAGCAUAGGAGGGAGCUCUUUACCAAAGCUGAGACCCAGCCAGAUCCUCUGGGAGCCAGGAAGAAGGCCUUUCCUCCUCCUCGCCCUCCUCCUCCCAACUGGGAGAAGUACAGGCUUUUCCGUGCAGCCCAGCAGCAGCAGAAGCAGCAGCAACAACAGCAGCAACAGGAGGAGGAGGAAGAGGAGGAAGAAGAGGAGGAAGAGGAGGAAGGGGCAGAGGAGGGAGAGGAGGAGGAGCUGCCACCCCAGUAUUUCAGUUCAGAAACCACUGGUACUGGUGCCCUCAAUCCUGAAGAGGUCCUAGAGCAGCCACAACCCUCAGGCUUUGGCAACCUGGAGGCUUCAAGGCAGGGCUCACAAAGCCUCUCAACAGAGCGAGAGUCCUUUGGUCUCCAUUCCAGCGAUUUCCUGCCUUCAACAAGGGGCCACUUGGGCUCUCAACCUGAAAAGGCUCAGCACCCUUGCUAUUAUGGUAUUGGUGGGCUUUGGAGGACAUCAGAGAAGGAGACCACUGAUUCCCCCAAACCAGAAGCCUUGAUGGCAGAAGAUUCUAAACCCAAGCCAGCAUGGAGCCAGAGCUACUUCUUCCCUGAGGAGCAGUUCUCUUUCACGGGCUGGGGCUCUGAGAAACAGCACCUUAGCCCCACGGGCUUCAGUGAACCCAAGACAACAGGACAAGAAUUUCAGCACUUCUCGCCUCCUCUGGGGGCCCCAGGGAUCCCUACCUCUUACUCAGCUUAUUAUAAUAUUUCGGUGGCUAAGGCAGAGCUGUUGAACAAGUUGAAAGACCAACCUGAGAUGGCAGAGAUUGGCCUGGGAGAAGAAGUUGACCAUGAGCUGGCUCAAAAAAAGAUACAGCUUAUUGAAAGCAUUGGCAGAAAACUGUCUGUCCUGCGGGAGGCCCAGCGAGGACUGCUAGAGGAUAUCAGUGCCAAUUCUGCCCUUGGGGAGGAGGUGGAGGCCAACCUGAAAGCUGUCUGUAAAUCCAAUGAGUUUGAAAAAUAUCGUUUGUUUAUCGGGGACCUGGACAAAGUAGUUAACCUGUUGCUGUCACUUUCUGGACGACUGGCCCGGGUGGAGAAUGCUCUCAAUAGCAUCGAUUCAGAGGCCAAUCAGGAGAAGCUGGUGCUGAUAGAGAAGAAGCAGCAGCUGACAGGGCAGUUGGCAGAUGCCAAGGAGCUGAAGGAGCAUGUAGACCGCCGGGAGAAGUUGGUGUUUGGCAUGGUUUCACGCUACCUGCCUCAGGACCAGCUCCAAGAUUACCAGCACUUUGUGAAGAUGAAAUCUGCUCUCAUCAUCGAACAGAGAGAGCUGGAAGAGAAGAUCAAGCUUGGGGAAGAGCAGCUCAAAUGUCUCAGGGAGAGCCUACUCCUGGGGCCCAGCAAUUUCUAAUUCCACCAGCAGACUGCCACACAAUCCCUGCCCAGCCACAAUGGGAAGUGCUUUCAGUCUUCGUUAGAAGUUUGUUAGCAAGUAGAUAUCAGUUUAGUUAGCAAUUUGUUCCAUAUCCUCUUCCUUGGACAUUUCUCACUGCCCCUUACCUAGCAUUGCUCCCAACCAGCUAGAAGUUCCUGAGGAGGCCUCCAAGCCUCUACCCUAGGGAAUAGAUGCAAGAUCUAGGAGCUGCCUGCAGCAAGGGGUGACCAUACAGCCACACUUCCCUUCCCACAGUUUGCACAGGCAAGCGCUCACUGCAUGCAGAACCAACAAUGUGACUUCAUUCUUUUUGGCCCAAGGACUGCAAAGACACCAUGCAUUUACCACCCACCCACACCACAAUCAGCCUCUCAAGGAUCAGAGAGAAGCUGCCUGUGCAGCUCCGUUUUGCCCAAGGCUUGCAGCCCAGCCAUUUCCCAGAGAGGUCUGGCUGUCUUGAGGUCAUCACUUCCCACCAGUGAUGGUCCUUACCUAAGUUUUAUAGUGGGAAGCACAGAAGGAGAAAUUACACUAAACAGAAUGUGAGCAAAGAUCGGGAAUCCCUAGGUGCCCUACUGAAGGCUGGGUUUAAACAAAUGGGCUCCACCUCCACCGGCCCCAGCAUCUAGUUGAGGGGGAAGAGGCCUACUCUGGCUAGUGUGGCCCUCCUCCUGUCCUCAUACUUCUGGCUUACCACUUCCUGUCCCAUCUUGCCUUUUCAUUACCAGGGGUCACCAGUGCCUACCCUAAGGGCUUGACACUAUGGGCCAUUAAUAGCUCUGCUAAAACUAACUUCUGGAUACACAUUUCAUUAUUGGGGUGAGGGGUUGUUUGUUGUAUUUUAAAUGGCCAUUUGAUUUUAUUUAUUUUUAUUUUUUAUUUUUUCCCCUUUUUUUAACUAAUAAGGCGAGAAGAGGGGAGGUGGAAAGGGAAAAGUAAUCCCAGAAGGAAAGCAUGUUCUGCAGAUCAGCCUGAAUUCACCAUGGUUAGAUGAGCAAAUGCCAAGGCCUUGAAGUCUACAAGUAUCUAAGAAAGGAGUUCUCAUCUUGAACUCAGUUUACUAUGGCCUGACCCUAUACUGAAGUCAGCAAUGACCAUAAGUUUAGCAUUCCCCAGUAGAUUUCAGUUUUUUCUUACAUAUUUUUUCUCAAAACCAAAGAAAUCCAAAACUGACAAAGGUUCAUCACCCAUUUCUCUACCAUCUCCCAUCUAGGGAAAUGGGUAGACGUGAGCUCAGGAGAAGAUCCUCUAUCUCACAAUUGCUUUCUCAGCCUAUGGCCUGACUCAGGGAACAGAAAGUCAUGGUAGCUGGAAGCUAGCCCCCCAGAGCAAAUUAUGAUCCAGCCAGUAUCUUAGGCACACAAACAACUAAUGCUGCUGUUGUUGCCAACGCCCUGACACCACUAGCCAGUUUCUGUCCUGGAAAAUCCCUCAGAAGGGUGAUGGCAGGAAGGGAGUUGUGGCCAAACUCUGGCCUCUUAUUCAGCUUAAUUCCCCAUUCCUUGCUCACUGGCACCGGCAGUUGGUAUUGCACAGCUCUGCCCAACAAACCUGGGCAUCUCUUCUAGUUACUGCUGAGUUCCUUGGGGUCCUUUUUAGGUUAACUGUAGCAGCAGGGAUGCUUCAUUCAACCAAAGAAUUUGCCAAAGAACUUUGCAGCUGCUACAAAUACUGGUCUCUAGCUUCCGUUUCCUCUUCAUUGUAUUUGGAAACAAUGGAAGAAUCUUGGCCAGCAGGGUGUCCUGAGGGGAGCCCUGGCUAUGCUGUUAGUACACUGCUGCUGUCAGAACCACUGUAAAAUGUUAACCUGCCAUUCUUCUCUAAAGUGGGGGGGGGGGGGUCUACUCUAUUCAGGAAGGCUGAUGGCUUGUAAAUGGCUAGGCUUAUGCUAGCAAGAUUGAGGAAGGUGGGGGAGUGCUAUGAAUAGAGGCUGUGGUUGCCAUCUUUUUUUAAAUUUUUCCUUAAACAGGCUCUAGGAUAAACAAUGAGUAAGUUGAGAUGUCCGGUACUGGGGGUUGAGGCCAAUGUAGUCCAUUUUUCUAAGAUUUUUCUGGGGCCGGAACUGUUUUGGGGAACACCGGCCCAGGAAAGAGUGGUCACUUGCCCGGGCAUGAUGAUUGUGGUCUGGGUUUUUCUAGUCAGUGUUAGACUGGUUGUACAUUAAAUUUCUCACACUAAAAGUACUAUUGAUUGUGUAAUUUUUGUCCCUCAUUCCACCAAAAAUUAGAGUUGGAAUCAGAGCACAAGGAUGCUCAUUUUCACACAGAAAAAGAGUGAACUCCAAAAGGGAAAUAAUGCUCCUGAAGUGGCAGUGCCAUCGUGACUGAUAGUGCUUCAGAGCUGCGAAGCAGUGUCUCUCCUCUGAUCUCGUUUCCUGGGCUCAGCCCUCUUGCAAAACCUACCAGGGGUAAGCAGUUUGGAAGGCAGGCCAAGGGAUUUCCCCAAAGACAGUUAUUGGUCUUAACUUUUACCCUCUCUCUUCAAAUACUUGGAUAGGCCCCAGUGGGUAAUAGGUUGAUCUAGAGAGAGGAAUCAGUACAAGAGUUACUAUCACUUGUCCCUUCUUACUCCCCCUCCCCAACCCUGGGUAAUUGAGUCUCCUUGAGUCCCACUGACUGCAGACUCAGCCAAGGUAUAGUGGUAAAUGCUCAAGGGGAAUCCAAGAGAAAGAGGCAGACACACUAAAAGCCCUAGGAAGGGAGAGACUGGAAACAGAGGAACUGAGGGGGUGAAAGAUGAAAAGUCUUUUUAAAGGCCAGGGUCAGGUUCUGUUUUCCAUUUAACUUCAAGUGUCAAAAAGUUGCCCAGGCAUUAGAGCCACAACCUUUAACCCCCCUUCUCCCUGGAGGUGCUUCUCUGUCAGUAGCAAGUCCCAGAUGGAGGAAGCUGGGCACAUUUAUGGUCACCUCCUCCUGUCUGGAGCUUGGUGACUCCCACUGUCUUUGCAAAGGAGUUGUCUAUGCCAAUAAUAUUUCUGUAGCAGCCUAUUGUAUUUUUUGAAGAUUAGUAGAUCUUUAGAGGGGGGUGGGGCAGGGGGCAGUUUCUAUAGAUAAAAAAACCAGUGUUUGUUGUACAACUGUUAGGGGUCAUCUAUGCCAUGUGAAGUUAUUAUUUUUCUGAAUCUUACUGUUUCUGAAAUUGUGUCCUCCACCACUCCCUUCUUGGCUGACAUUGAUAUGCCUGCCGAUUGUCAUCAAGGGUUAUACUUCAAUAAAAGGUG